AUGAUUUUGAAACUUGGGAAAUUCGCGGCGAAAAGAAGAAGUCUCCGAAAUUUCGCGGUUUCAAGUGGCGAUUUUGCGAGAGGAAGGGUUGAGAAGACGCCUGUUUAUGUGGAUAAUCCCUUUCUUCCGGCGAAGAAAACAGAUUCAACGCGAAUAACGCCUUCGAACCGAGAAAAACUGAACCAAUGGAGCGCGGAAGUCGACAAAAUUGAGCUGAAAAUGGCGAAGCUCCAGGCGGUAGAAGUUGCUCAACUGUUGAACAAAGAAAUCCUCCGCCAAGCAGCUGUUUCUUUCGAGCCCCCGAAAAUGUCCGAAAAAGAGCUCAAACGAAUCGCAGAUGAGGCGAGAAGUUUGUAUUUCUGGACAGUUGAGAAGCACUUUUUCGCGCUGCUAGAAUCGACCGCGAGAAUCAGCGAAAAAUGCUAUCAAUAUCAGCUUACUGGAAAUGGAAACAGCAACUUGGCGAACAAAUAUGCUUAUUCUUCUAGCGUUGUCAGAGCAAGAUGGAAUUAUAAAGAUCAAAGCACUCCCUUUUUCGGAAGCUAUUUCGACAACGUCAUGAUCCGUGUUACCUCAAUUUGGAUUUCUUCACAGUGUGGCUCUCUUUUCGUCCAUUUCUGUCCGACCUUUCGCAUUUCGCUUGUUCUACAAAUAACCCACGAAGCUUCUUCAAUAUGUCAAGUAUCUUCAGGCGAUCAAGAGUUUAACCAAAACCAGAAUUUACCUUCAUUCAUUUCAAAUCAGGAUGUUUAUCUUAUCAAAGUUCCUCUCACCAAGUCCAGCUACCUAAGUUUAUAUGCACAUGUCCGAAAAGAUGAUAUUGAAAAAGAUGAACAUUCAAUUUGGCAGUCGAAUCCUGUAACACAUUCUAUUCUUACCUCUCUUUCUUCUUAA